UAAAUACUAAUAAUAAUUAAGACUUCAAAAAAAAACUGAUAUAAUUCAAAUGGAAUAUCCACUCUCCUGGGAUUAUUUAAAAAAAAUCAGGAGGUGGUGGAUAAGACAGCAACAAACAACAGACGUAGAACUUGGUUCGAGAGCUCCGGCGGCGAGAAGAUGGGUGGUUCAGUAUCAGUGUCCGAAAAAUCUAUCCAUGAAUUCACUGUCAAGGAUAGCUCUGGCAAGGAGGUUGACCUUAGCGUUUACCAAGGGAAGGUUCUUCUCAUCGUCAACGUCGCUUCUAAAUGCGGUUUCACUGAAACCAAUUACACACAGCUCACUGAACUUUACCGGAAAUACAAAGAUCAAGGGUUGGUGAUAUUGGCGUUUCCUUGCAAUCAGUUUUUGAACCAAGAGCCUGGCACUAGCCAAGAUGCUCAUGAAUUUGCUUGUACCAGGUUUAAGGCUGAGUACCCUGUCUUCCAAAAGGUGCGUGUGAAUGGUCAAAACGCAGCACCAGUCUACAAAUUCCUGAAGUCAAAGAAACCGUCAUUCCUUGGAAGCAGGAUCAAAUGGAACUUCACCAAGUUCUUGGUCGGCAAAGAUGGUCAAGUCAUUGAUCGUUAUGGCCCCACUGUUCCACCUCUUUCCAUCGAGAAAGACAUCAAGAAAGCCCUCGGAGAUGAUGGAGCGUUUCCAAGUACUUAGCCAUUGAAGAAAAAGACACAGAGAGGCUCUUGAAGAAGUUAUCUCUUACUCUUUGAUAUCACUCAUUUUGUAGUUUAUAUGGUGAAGAAGAUGUACACGUUUCUAUAGCACAACCCUGUGUAGCUUCCAUAUGCCUCUUUGGGCCUAGCAUUUGAUCUUCCGAACUAAUUAUUCAA